GUUUUGGUCGCGCUGGAUUGCAUUAAUCGGCCUGUAGCCGCCUAAGUGAGCAUCGUCGUUCUGUGCAGCAUCGAUUCUAGGGUCCUAUUGAGCCAGACAGGCUGCACAAGCUCCGCGCUGUGCUGAGACUCCACAAGCAAAGAGCAGCCCUAGCAUCGCUCGCAACGCAGCGCGAAACGCGCGCAAGCCAUGUCCAAACUCCUCAAAAAGUCCAAAUCCAAGAAAAACAAAACGCCGAAGGCGCCGAAAGCGCCGGAGCCGCCGCAAGAACCCUGGCACCGCGUCGGCCGCGGCGAGCCCGUCGACACCGUCGACAUCCCCGGCAUCGAGCGGCUCCUCGCGAAGCGGUCGGCCGCGAAGGCGAAGAAGGACUACGCGACGGCCGACAACAUCGCCAUGCAGCUGCAGCAGCGCAACGUCGCGUACCACGACGAGUCGCGCGAGUGGUACGUCAAGGCGCCGAAGCAGCCCGCAGCCGCGCCGGCCGUCGGCACGAAGCGGCGCCUCGACGAUGACGACGACGCCGCAGCGGCAGACGACGACGACGACGACGCCUCGAGCAGCAGCGAUGACGACGACAGCGAGGAGGACCGGCUCGACGACGCGUUCGUGCUGAAGAUGCAGAAGCGCCUGGCAGCCGAGGCCGCCGCCGCGGCGCCGAAGAAGUCGAAGAAGAAGAAGGGCGACCGCGAGGAGCUCUCUUCCGACGAGGCGGCCGCGAAGAAAGCACGGAAAGAGGCCAAGAGGGCACGGAAGGCUGCCGAGAGCGACGUGGCACAGCCGAAGAAGAAAAAGAAGAAGUCAAGUAAGAAGAGUACAUAGAGUGGUAGUUACAAUAGGGUGGGAGGCGUCCGCGCGCACGAGCGGGCGACUCGUCGUCGGGCCCGCGGCAAAUCAGGGUGCCGCGGGCCGUCAUAUACGAGUCGACCGGGCACGCGCGGGGACGCCUCGGGUAGAAAAAGCCGCCUAGGCCGCGUCGUCGACGGCCUCCUGGAUCGCGUCGAUCACGCGCUGCGUCUCCUCGCCGGUCUGGCACUUGCCCUGCCCGCGCGUCGUCUUGGAAUGGAUGAGCUGGCCCGCGCACGUGACCUCGAAGUUACCCGUCGUGCCCGGGUCGCCGACCUGCUCUACUGCGACAUCGUCCCCGAAUUCCUGCUCGAUCGUCUGAGCUAGCGCUACUGAGUAGCGCUUAUACCCUCAGCCGCCGCAGUACUGGAUUUGCACGGGCACGGGCAUCUUGUCGUCGCUGCAACCAAGUAGGUUACCCGUUGUGGCGUUGGCUUCGCCGCCUUCGCCGCCCAGGAAGUUGCCCGUGGUGACGUUUGGUCACAGAUCGUACGCUGAGCUAACCACCGGCUUCGGCGGGCGCAGCGCUCUUCUGCGACAAGUGUCAGGCUUCCGGCACGUGUUAAUUUGAACGGCGCGGCACCUGGUAACCGGUACGGCCAAAACUGCACCUGAA